UUAAUCACCGGAAGUUUGACUUCACUGGCGCCACAAUGGCCGAUCUCUCUUUUCCCUCGGAUAACCUAAUAGCGUGUCUGUCAUUGCGAUAAACCGAGUCGCAAAUCGAAGUCAUGGUGCGAAUGAAUGUCCUCAGUGAUGCUCUCAAGAGCAUCAACAAUGCAGAGAAAAGGGGCAAGAGGCAGGUGCUCCUUCGUCCCUGCUCCAAAGUCAUCGUCAAGUUCCUCACAGUCAUGAUGAAGCAUGGGUAUAUUGGGGAAUUUGAGAUCGUCGAUGAUCACCGGAGUGGAAAAGUUGUUGUCAAUCUCUCAGGACGGCUGAACAAGUGUGGAGUCAUUUCACCGAGGUUCGAUGUACCCAUCACCGAUAUCGAGAAGUGGACGAACAAUCUCCUCCCCUCCCGUCAAUUUGGAUAUGUUGUUUUGACUACCAGCGGUGGUAUCAUGGACCAUGAAGAGGCCAGGAGGAAACAUUUGGGAGGAAAAAUCCUUGGAUUUUUCUUCUGAAUUUGUAAUUUAUAGAAAAUAAAAAAAUACCUGUCUUAA